CCCUCGUUCUCAGUGUUUAAUAUAACUUUAGUCUGGAAUACGUAUGUGCGGUGUGUUCACUUUAAUUCCCGGCGUUACGCAGGCACUUGAUUGCAAACAAUCCCUCCGCCUGCUUAGGCUUGCUCUGAUUGACAAUAAUGGCGACUCCUUCUCGAGUCUAACCUCAGCGACACAUUCCACAAGAGCAAUUCGAGAGCAUAUUUUCUCUUUCAUGAAGCCUAGUAAUCGAUCUUAGGCAAACUAUACAUAAAAGUCGAAGUAAGUAAAUCCGUAUGUGCAAAAGAUUCUCAUACUGUGGUGGAGAAAUUCUAGGGAAGGCACUAAGCUAACAAAGGCACACCAGUCGUGGCUCCUGUUUACAGACGCUCGUGGGACUUUGUUUUGCUAAUGAAGAACGGCGACAACUCGAUUCCUUGAUGCUCUGUGGUUGAUUUUCUCUGCAUCCAUUAGAAAUUAGUAUUUUUCGCAAGAGAAACUGCCCAUUUCUACAUGGUAGAGACUGCUGGUUUCUAGCUGGAGCAGCCCAACUGAAUCCGAGUGACCGUUGCUUUUGCACGAGAGCACUAAAGAAGAAAAUUCGGAACGCGUCACGCGAAGUUUGAGUCAUCUGUUGAGCUUCUCGCGCCAAGUCGUAGAAGUUCCGUCGGAUUUUUAUCUUUUGUUUCUCACACAAUCGAACAUAAAGAUUUUUAAAUGCCGUGCUAAUAGCUAUAUGUUUUUGGAAAAGUACAUUGGAGCGCUAGCAAGCUAGCUCACAAGUUUGGGACGACUGUUAGGCUAGCGGCUUAGCCUUUCACCGACCAGAUUGCUGGACAGAUAGCUAGCUCAGCUAACAUUAGCUAGGUUAGCCAUCAGCUUCUCUGUCUAGACUAGGCCAGCCGCAGUCAUUGCCUUCAGCAUAAUGGAGCCAUUACAAAAAAACUGAUAUUCGACAAUGAUAUUUACGAAUUAUAUAUGUUGCUAGGCCUGUCCGAAAUGUUGCAUGGAGAGAGUAGCGUGUAACAGAUGCGUCUAAACUAAAUUCUUAAGAUAUUGUCCAGUUCGCUAGCUGCGUCUGAUGCGGAGAUAUUUAGAGUGGCUUAGCUAGGUUAUCAUAACGGGCUUCGCGUAAUACUGUAGAGAAGUGAUCGGCCGAUUUUGUUAGCUAGCGUAGCUGACGUUGCUGUUCGCUAAGUGAGUUUGCUGUUUAUUUAAGUUCUUAUUUUUCGUUGUGUAGGUCCAGAUGUAACACGACCAAAUUGUAGAAAAUUUCACAAUCGUAGCUGUCGGCGCUAGCAUUAUAGCUAGCGGAGUAUUCUUCAUUCGAUUUGUUCGUAAAUGACCACCGGCAGGAAUAACCGAGUCAUGAUGGAAGGAGUUGGCGCGAGAGUGAUUCGUGGUCCGGAUUGGAAAUGGGGCAAACAGGACGGUGGAGAAGGACAUGUUGGCACCGUAAGGAGUUUCGAAAGUCCCGAGGAGGUAGUCGUCGUUUGGGAUAAUGGGACUGCUGCCAACUACCGCUGCUCCGGGGCAUACGACGUGAGAAUACUGGAUAGUGCGCCAACAGGUAUCAAACACGAUGGCACUAUGUGUGACACCUGUCGGCAGCAACCCAUCAUCGGCAUCCGCUGGAAGUGUGCAGAGUGCACCAACUAUGAUCUGUGCACCACCUGUUACCAUGGAGACAAACACCAUCUGCGACACAGGUUCUACCGUAUUACGACCCCAGGCAGUGAGAGGGUGCUUUUGGAGUCUCGCCGCAAGUCCAAGAAGAUCACAGCGCGGGGCAUCUUCGCUGGUGGGCGGGUUGUGCGGGGCGUGGACUGGCAGUGGGAGGAUCAGGACGGAGGCAAUGGCAGGAGAGGCAAGGUGACGGAGAUCCAGGACUGGAGCGCGGCCAGCCCCCACAGCGCGGCCUACGUCCUUUGGGACAAUGGCGCGAAGAACCUUUACCGUGUGGGCUUCGAGGGCAUGUCGGACUUAAAAUGUGUGCAAGAUGCCAAGGGAGGCACUUUCUACAGAGACCACUGUCCUGUGUUGGGUGAACAGAACGGGAACAGGAACCCGGGCGGCCUGCAGAUCGGCGACCUGGUCAACAUAGACCUGGACCUGGAGAUCGUGCAGUCCCUACAGCACGGUCACGGCGGCUGGACCGACGGCAUGUUCGAGACGCUCACCACCACGGGCACGGUGUGCGGCAUCGACGAGGACCACGACAUCGUCGUCCAGUACCCCAGCGGCAACAGGUGGACGUUCAACCCGGCCGUGCUGACCAAAGCCAACGUGGCACGCGGGAGCGGCGGUGGCGGAGAGGUGGCGGCCGGCGCAGAGGGCGGCAGCUCGCAGUUCAUGGUGGGAGACCUCGUCCAGAUCUGCUACGACAUCGACCGCAUCAAACUCCUGCAACGGGGCCACGGCGAGUGGGCGGAAGCCAUGCUCCCGACCCUGGGGAAGGUGGGCCGUGUGCAGCAGAUCUACUCAGACAGCGACCUGAAAGUGGAGGUGUGCGGCACCUCCUGGACCUACAACCCUGCCGCUGUCACCAAAGUGGCCCCGGCCGGCUCUGCCGUCACCAACGCCUCCGGAGAGCGCCUGUCCCAGCUGCUGAAGAAGCUGUUCGAGACGCAGGAGUCUGGCGACAUCAACGAGGAGCUGGUGAAGGCCGCAGCCAACGGAGACCUGGCUAAGGUCGAGGACAUCCUUAAGAGGCCUGACGUGGACGUGAACGGACAGUGCGCCGGGCACACGGCGAUGCAGGCGGCCAGCCAGAACGGCCACGUGGACGUCCUCAAGCUCCUGCUGAAACACAACGUGGACCUGGAGGCAGAGGACAAGGAUGGAGACCGGGCCGUGCACCACGCCGCGUUUGGCGACGAGGGCUCCGUCAUCGAGGUGCUGCACCGCGGUGGCGCCGACCUCAACGCCCGCAACAAGCGCCGGCAGACGCCCCUGCACAUCGCCGUCAACAAGGGCCACCUGCAGGUGGUGAAGACCCUGCUCGACCUGGGCUGCCACCCCAGCCUGCAGGACUCGGAGGGAGACACUCCUCUGCAUGACGCCAUCAGCAAGAAGAGGGAUGACAUGCUGUCCGUCCUGCUGGAGGCAGGCGCCGAUGUCACUAUCACCAACAACAACGGCUUCAACGCCCUCCACCACGCCGCCCUGCGCGGGAACCCCAGUGCCAUGAGGGUGCUGCUGUCCAAGCUGCCGAGACCCUGGAUAGUGGAUGAGAAGAAGGAUGAUGGCUACACCGCCCUGCACUUGGCUGCUUUAAACAACCAUGUGGAGGUGGCAGAGCUGCUGGUCCAUCAGGGCAGCGCCAGCCUGGACAUCCAGAACGUCAACCAGCAGACGGCGCUGCACCUGGCGGUGGAGCGCCAGCACACGCAGAUCGUGCGGCUGCUGGUGAGGGCCGAGGCCAAACUGGACGUGCAGGACAAGGAUGGAGACACGCCGCUGCACGAGGCCCUGCGCCAUCACACGCUGUCGCAGCUCCGCCAGCUCCAGGACAUGCAGGACGUCAGCAAGGUGGAGCCCUGGGAGCCGUCCAAGAACACGCUAAUCAUGGGACUGGGCACCCAGGGGGCGGAGAAGAAGAGCGCUGCCUCCAUCGCCUGCUUCCUGGCCGCCAACGGCGCCGACCUCACCGUGCGCAACAAGAAGGGCCAGUCCCCGCUGGACCUGUGCCCUGACCCCAGCCUCUGCAAGGCCCUGGCCAAGUGUCACAAAGAGAAGACCAGCGGGCAGGUGGGCUCCCGUAGCCCGUCCCUCAGCAGCGCCAGUGAGGCCCUGGAGGAGUGCAUGGUCUGCUCGGACAUGAAGCGCGACACGCUGUUCGGCCCAUGCGGCCACAUCGCCACCUGCUCGCUCUGCUCGCCCCGCGUUAAGAAGUGCCUCAUCUGCAAAGAGCAGGUCCAGUCCAGGACCAAGAUCGAGGAGUGCGUGGUAUGCUCCGACAAGAAGGCGGCCGUGCUAUUCCAGCCCUGCGGCCACAUGUGCGCGUGCGAAAACUGUGCCAGCCUUAUGAAGAAGUGUGUGCAGUGUCGGGCGGUGGUGGAGCGCCGUACUCCUUUCGUAUUGUGCUGCGGAGGGAAAGGUAUGGAGGAUACCCCUGAUGAUGAGGACCUUACAGGGGGCUCAAACUCAAUGGCAGGGGGGUCGCAGGAUCUUCUCCAGCCCAACAAUCUGGCUCUGAGUUGGUCCAGUGGAAACAUCCCAGCCCUGCAGAGAGACAAGGACAACACGAACGUCAACGCAGAUGUCCAGAAGCUCCAGCAACAGCUGCAGGACAUCAAAGAGCAGACCAUGUGCCCGGUCUGUCUGGACAGGCUGAAGAACAUGAUCUUCAUGUGUGGCCAUGGCACCUGCCAGCUGUGUGGCGACCGCAUGAGUGAGUGUCCCAUCUGCCGGAAGGCCAUAGAGCGGCGGAUCCUGCUCUACUAGAGCCCUAGGCAUCAGCUUGCGCCUCCCCGAGCUCCACUCACCUGCCAUCUCCCUCGUCCGCAGCACGCGCUCCCGUGUCUCCGCUGUGAGCCAGCGUCAGUGUUACAUUGCUAACCUUUUACCAUUUUCCUCUUACCCAGACUGAACUCGUGUGUUUGACACUUCAAAGUUUCUUUUCUGUUUCUCAGCAGAGAAUUGCGUUGUGUUGGAGGGUUUUGGUUUGGUUAGUUAGUUAGUGUUUUUGUUUUGGUUUUUUUUUCCUAUGUGAUAAAACUCACUACAUGAACACUUGCUUCUUGUUCUUUUUUUUUCUUUUUUUCAUUUUGUCAUACUGCCCAAGGCUUUUGACUUUCCCAAAAUCAUCUGGACAAUUAGAUAUAGCGUCAAGUCCUACUCUGUCAGUCUGGUGACAACCUUAACACAGCCGGGACCGGUUCAGUCCGAGGGUCCGUUUGGCGCCGGGCCUUUGCCUGCACUGUCCGUUCAUCCCCCGCCUCAACCCCAGCUCCACCCUGAGGGGGGGUUGUGAUCACUGCCUGGACAUCUGCAAGCUUCCAGAGACUUCAGACAUAAUCACUUUGACCCCACUUUUCCUGCUGUUAUAUCGCACUGAUAUCACUUGCUGAAAACACGUGUGUCCAUGUCGUCAGGGUGAGUGUGCUGAGCUUUGGUCAGUCGUCAUGAUGAAGGUAUUGUAAAAAAAAUUUGAACACUAAAACCCGUCACUUCCUUAUUGUCAAAACUGCCUGAAACCCUUGUGCUGCCAUUUGAUUCUGGGACUUUGAGGUCGCUACAUUUCAACUGAAAUAUCUCUCUCUCUCUCUCUCUCUCUCUCUCUCUCUCUCUCCCCUGUCCUUUUGUUUUUUUGGUUUUUUAUCCCCUAAGCCACACAUUACAAAGUAACAUUGUUUUCCAUUCAUCAGGGCACUUGCACAUCGAUGGCUACACUACAGUAUACUCAUGGAGUAUUAUUGUCACAUUUGCUGGCGGUACUAUGGAUGUAAGCUCAAGGUUGGCGAGUACAGCUUCCUGUGAAAUUAACCCGUUGUCUUAAAGAGCAACUGACUUAACUGACAGCAGAGUUUGUUGUUGAGUUGUCCAUCAGUCCUGCUGCAUGUUUAUGGCUACAUCGCCAGGAAAGAGACUGCUAAUAACCAUCGAUCUUGUGGUGUUCCAAAAAUGUUAAAAUAGUUUGAUACUUUCUUGGGCAUAAGGUGCUGUUUUAAAUAUUUAGUACAUAUUAUUUUGGGAGGGGGGGGGGGGGGGGUUGAAAGCAGACUGAGAUGAUGUACAAUGUAAUAUAAAGUCAAAAAAGGUAUAAAGAGUAAAUUUUCUGUGGAUACCAGCAAGCAGGAAACUACGUUUUUAUGGUAGUUUUUGUUUUGCUCAUAAGUCAUAAUGUUUCAUUUUGAUAAGUCAAAAGAAAGUAAAUUUGCUGUAGCCUAAGGGGACUAUUUACCAAACUGAUGUAACUUUCUGUGCUUGUAGUGCAGUUCAAAUCAUCUGGCAUAAGCGUUCUCGUUCUGGUAUCAUUUCUGUUGUCUUGAUCAACAGUGUUUAACCAUGCUGAAGUCUUACAAAAAAGUUGGUCGGGCACAAAGGGUGUCUGUCAAGUCUCUGUAGUCAUACAGAGCCACUGUCCACAGCUGAGUCUAUAUCGAGAAGGCUACAUCUGUGUGUGUGUGUGUGUGUGUGUGUGUGUGUGUGUGUGUGUGUGUGUGUGUGUGUGUGUGUGUGUGUGUGUGCGCGUGCAGAAAAAGUAGCUUCAUACUUUUGCCUUUUUAAGGGUUUGUAUCAUUUUCUGUGAUGUUAACAUUCAUUGCUUAGAUGCACUAAUGUCCUUUUAAUGGUAGUAUUGUGCUGUCAUGGUUACUUAACCUGUUUUGUACCUUAUUUUCAAUACAUAAAAACUAUUCAGGUUUACGGAUGUCAGUACUUUUUUCCUUCUUUAUUGGCUGAAUGUUUGAUGUAUGCAGUACAUUUCUCAUUAAAUAAAGCUGAUCACUCUGUAUUGCAAAGUGCUAUUAAAAGAAAUGCAUUGCUGAAUAAAGAUCAAAUGAAACAGUAA